AGAUCUACAGAACAUCAACAUCGGCCCUGGUGACGAGGUCAGGCCGAUCCAGGCGCUCUGCAGUCGGCGGGGCUUGGCCGGAACAAUGUCCCGACAAUAACGCAGUCGUUACCUGGAGCACACAACUUUAUUAACCAAAUAUAAAUGCUGUUUUAUAAACAUCUCCACCUGCGCUUCUGCUGAGGACGCUACUAGAGGUAUCCUAAUGUUCAGUAUGGCAGGCUCUGGAGAACUGGACUGUUCGCUGAAUGCCCCGGCUCCCUCCAAGCUAAUAGAGGAAGUAGGUGACCCCUGUUCUGCGGACACCUCCAGCUCCACCAGCACCCCGGAGUGUGCCAUCUGCCUGCAGAGCUGCAUCCACCCUGUACGUCUACCAUGCUGCCACGUCUUCUGUUUCCUGUGUGUGAAAGGUGCCUCCUGGCACAGCAAGCGCUGUGCUCUCUGUCGGCAAGAAAUCCCAGAGGACUUCCUGGAGCGGCCGGUUCUCCUUUCACCUGAAGAACUGAAAGCAGCAGCUGCAGGGGUGAGCCGCAGUAUAGGGACCGGGGGCGUUUCCCGUGGAGACUUUGCCUGGUACUAUGAGGGGCGCAACGGCUGGUGGCAGUAUGAUGAGAGGACCACCCGGGAGCUGGAGGAGGCUUUUUCCAAAGGCAGGAAGAGCACGGAGAUGCUGAUUGCGGGGUUCCUUUAUGUGGCCGACCUGGAGAACAUGGUGCAGUAUCGACGGAAUGAGCACGGCCGCAGGCGCAAGAUAAAGCGUGAUGUUGUUGAUAUCCCCAAGAAGGGAGUUGCAGGAUUGAGGAUAGAUCCUGAACCUGAACCUGUCGCCAUUCCUGCUUUACCAGUUGUCACCCCAGCUGCAACAGAGCGCGUCAGCUCAGCUGAUGGAUCGGACAAUGCAGGCCAAUCGCAGCCUUUAACCUUUGGGAUUUUGGCGUCUCUUCCCCCCGUUAGACCUCCAACACUCCUGGGGCGGCAUCUUCCGAGUCCCCUUUCUCCUUCACCUUCAACCCUGGAGGAGUCUCUCUCACAGCUCCUAAUCAGCCAGCCACUGGGUGAAGAGGUGGAUGGAGACGACGAGCUGCAGACAUAUGACUAUGCAUCCGGCAGCAGUGAGAGCGAGGAGGAACAGGAGCGAGAGAGAGCAGAAGCGAUGCCACGCAGAAGACAUAGGCAUGGACCGCUAAGAGAGAGCCAGCCAACCAGAAUGCCUCCAAGGGGCGGGCCCUCCAGCUCUACACUCAGUCUCCGCUCUCGUAGUCCUGAUGGGCAGUGCACUGUGACGGAAGUGUGACGACCCUGGACAGUGGUUUCUGUUCUACUGAUGACAAAACUUCAGCUUUUAUCAGUUGGCAAAAAAGUUUACAAACCAGUAUGCAUCUUUGCCACAAAAUGACAAAAACCUUUAAUUUGUUGUUUCUUAUUCCACUACAUGUAUUUCCCCAUCGAUCGUGUGCCAAAUAUGAUCCUGAUACACAUUUAAAUAAUUAUUUUUUCAACAGUUAAAGCUAGUCUCAGCCAGCAGUAUACUUCCUGCAAGGGUAGUUUUGCUUUGCUCCCAGCAACAAGCUCUGUAGUGAAGCAUAAGAAGUCUGGCAACUUCAUGGUACGUGUUGUCUUUAAACCACCAUCUGUCGCUGCCUUUACAUCCCUUUUGUGACAUAGCAAUACAACCUCUUUGAAAUGGAACACCUUAUUCGUUCUGAUCUUUUAGCUCAUGGUAAACAUAUUUUUGUAUGUUUGUUUUUUUCUCUCUCUCUUGGACUGAUGGUCUAAAAAUCAAGUUUAAAUGUAGCACCUUAUGUACCAGAUCCAGAGGGGUUAAACUGGUUGAUCUCUCCUGCUUUCCUGAUGAGGUUUUUUUUUUAAGUUAAUAAGUUUUAAUCAGGAUGUAAUUAAUUACUAUUUAAAGUGGAGUUUGUGUGUGUAUGUGUAUGUUUAAGUGUAUGAGGCGGGAGGAAGACUGCAUUCCUUCUAUUUUUGUGUAAAAGUCCUUUAAUGAUGCCGUGUGUUUGUGUUGUUGUCAGCGUUGUUGGGUGCUGAAAAGCUACUGGCAGAACCACUGGAAAGUAUUAGGCUAUGUAUGCAGAGACACAUUUGGAUUUCUAUUUCUUGUCAUCGUAUUCUCGAUAGGACCACUAUCAGAGCGCUGGCAGUGACAUGUACUUGGACGAACUCGAGCUGUCCUCACAUUUUUUUUUCCCUUUUAGGCUCCAGCUGCUUUUAUUUUAACUGUCAACUUUUCACUGUUUGUGUCUUACAAUCUGAACGGCCUGAAAAAAAGAAACUUCUGUCUGUGUGGUGUAGCCCCUGUGGUGUUCCUCAAAUUAUUAAAGGUGUUUCUCUCUAAUUUAAAAUCAUA